AAUAAAAUAGUUUAUAAUGACGAACAAAUUGAAAACAGCUGCAUGUUUUCCGGAAGAUAUUUCUCAGUUAUCACGGACUAUGAUGGAUGCGACGUUGGGUUGCUAUUUUCGUUUUAGCAAUUUCGCCAGACAAAUUAAAACCUAAAAUGUACCUUUCUUCCUGAUGUUUUUGCGAAGGAUAAAUCAAAAUUAAAUCCUGCUUUAAAUUAACUGGACUGAAGCAAAUUAACAUGUGAAACAAAACCUCGAAUUUUCGCAAAAUAUUUCAUUUGCAAAUUGGAAGGCACUAGUCUUUCUAUGGGACAAGCGCUCUGUAAAUCCCCUCAAUUACUUUAGAGUGCUUUGUUUUUGAAUCGUGAAUAAGAUCUUUUUGCAUUGAUACAAAUUAAACUAAACUUGUAAAUGUUAUCGAGCAGUGUUUCACAAUGACAGUAUUUUUCUCUUUUAAUCCUACGUGUGAUGGGCAGAUAUCACUAAAGAACCGAAAAUCAUGAUUGGUGUUGGCACCAAUCGAUUAACAGGGUUUUCGCGGUUUCUACCUUUUAUCGGUAAGUGAAGAAAAAACAGUGUCUUUUUAAGACCUCUUUAAAACCUGAGUAAAAAUGCUUGGUAAUCUUCUUUGUGUCGGCUUCGUUUUCGUGCGCCACAUCGGCGAGUAUAAUUUCCUGGAUAAUAUAAUACCGCCCAAUGGCGGUUUCCAUGAGUCCGGCCGCAGAUGGUGACUAAUAAAACAGAAUACUAUUGUGUUCAUGCUGUGCAUGUUUUGUUAAGAUAACAUUAAGCGAUGGUGGAUUAGUCGAAUGCAAAUCAAGAAAUUCUGGAUUGCCAAGAGAUAAGCUAACGAGUUGAUACCAGAAAAGCAUUAGCAGUGCAUACGGUGAAAGACACGAAACAAGCACUGAUAACCGACCUCAACACAAGCCAGGCACGGAGAUUUUGAUUUAAGGUAACAUAAAUUUAAAAGCGUGACAAUUCCUCUCAAGAAACGCUCGUUUUCCCAAUUAAAGUUGAAGCUCAUAUUUUCAAAAUUACUCAGUAAUAAUUUGCAAACUCAAAGGUUUUGUGACUAGCUAUUUUUAACCGAAAGAAUCGUAAUUUCAAUUCACGGGUUACGGUUUUUAAUUUUUACCAAUUGAUUAACCUCUUGCCGUUGUUAAUUUAGGAAAUAAAUUGAAGGUGAUAAGCAAACACUGGAAUCAAGAUUCGUUCUCGGAUUGAGUUUUCAGGUGUUAAGAUUUUAUUUUUUUUUACUUGUUAUCUCGAUAUCAUCCUCGCUUGCGUUCCGCUGCGGAAAAUUUAAGUUAACUUGGUACAGUGGAACCCUGUUUUAACCCGGUCACAAAUCUUAUCGUAUUAAAAGGGUUCUUCAAAUAAGAAAAUUACAGACUGAGCAUUUUUUCUUCGGGCCAGAAUAACGUGGCUGUAAUAACGAGGAAGCCGUGUGAACGAGGUGGCCGUAAGGCGGGGUCUCACUCUAUUCGGAUCUCCCUAUGAACAUCAUCCUAAAAAACUGACCAACUGACUAGUUAGAUAAAAAUUCAUCCUUACACACGAGGCCUCAAGGGAUGGAGGGAGCCGGGUAAAACUACAUGUAUUUAAGAAAUUUGAAUAUUCGCUUAGCUUAAAGAAGGUUGAACAGAACGCGACGAUUUUUUUGAGAGUCGAAAGCUCAUGCUAAUCUCCACAAAAAACGUGUUCAUUCAAAUUUCACGAAAGCAGACGAGAGAAGCGAAUAAAGAAAAUCGUCGACAAGGGUAGAUUGCAUCGAUGCAACACCAAAUUCUCACAAUUCUCAUUAAAAGAAAUGUACGAAAAUCAGUAAUGAGAAUUGAUCUUAAUCGUGGAUCCUUAAACGUAUUAUUCAUAUUUUCCGGACGAAAAACCUCUUUUGUAUUCUCAGCGACACUUGUCUAAGCCGCCAUUGUUUUAGCUUUAUGCUGCCUGCAAUUACAGAAAUGUAUGUUUGUUGACAUGGCUUUAUUUACGUGAAGCAAAGGAGCUCAGUAUCAGUUUAUUAUUGUCUAUUUCGUUGGCAAACGACCUCGACUGUACUGCAUGCGACAUCAUCCAGUUAUUCAAACCAUAUCGAGACAACAGCGGUAAGUUACGCGCAAGCGAGUGGAUACCAAAUUUCGUAGUAAAUAACUCAAAUGCUUCCUUAGCUCCAAUCACUUAGCGGAAAUUUCAUGCUAGCUCAUAUCAUAUAAAGUAUGGAAACGAGUUGAAUUAUGUUGUUUUAGUCCCACAGGGACGAGAAAAAGUUGGUUAGGCCUUAAAUAGUUGCGAGCAAGAUUUCGAGUUACCUGUUAGACUGUUAGAUUGAGACGCAAUUUUCUGUUGUCUCUAAUUCCCAUCCACACCAUCUUUACACCUUCGAUAUAUUACAAUAAGGCAUUCAACAAUGCUGUCAAGUUAAAUGCUUCAUAUUUGACGUAGAUUUAUUGCUAUUUAGAAGAAGUGUUAACUACAGUUUGUUCGAAACAACCAAAAACAAUUUAAAACAAGCAAGCAAGCAAAGAUCAAGAAAAAUCCGUCACUGUUUGCUAUUUUAAUUUAGCCUAAAUAAAACAGUCUAAAGGUAGACCUCCUUACCGCGCAGAGUCAGAGUGGUUUGAAAGUCGUAAGAAAUCCUUGUAAUAAAGAAGCUGUGUGCUUCGUUCAUGGCGCUGUAAAGUUAGCUAGUACACUGCUGCUUCACAACGAAUGAGGCCUCAAUGGGACUAUCAGCUUUAACGCUUCAAAGCGAUGCCUCAGUGUGUCAGAUCUUUUAAUAGGUUUUAUCUUUGGUAGUUUGUAGUGCUGGAUAUGUAAUUAGUUAAGAUCUCGUAUCGGUGUAAACGGUAAUUUGCAAGUGUUAAGCUGUAAAUGGCUAAGUCUUUAUGUUGAUUAGGCAUGUUGUCUUUGGUGGUCAGGCCAAUGAAAUACACUUUAACCUUCCUUCUAGAUCUUUCAGGUUUCACUUGCACGAAAAUUCGUCUGAGAAGGAGAUGUUCAACAACACAAACGGAACAGAACGUCAAGGACUUUCUCCAGUCAACACUAUCAGCACCAACACUCAAGCAAUAGCUGAACUAGUUCCUGUUGCAUUACUGAUCAUCCUUGCCAAUGGGUUGGUGUUGGUUUUAUUCUCGAAAAGAACACAACUCCGUACACCAGCAAAUUACGUGCUUUUCAGUUUGGCAGCUUGUGACUUCAUCACCGGAGUCAUCAAUAUUCCCUUGUUCAUCGUAACUGCAUUCACACCGGCCAUCACUUCGUUCAAGGUUCGAUAUUAUAUGACUGUUCUGGUGAGCGUGCUAAACAAUUUUACAGCCAUAUUAGCUUGCUAUCACAUACUCGCUGCCACUACAGAGAAAUAUCUGUCGAUAAUCUGGCCAGUAACGCAUCGCUCGAUGACGAGAAAAACCGUUUUUAAAGUGCUUCAAGUUGUUUGGGUAGUGUCUUUCAUUGUGGCUUUCAUUCCCUUUGCCUGGGUCAACAUAGAGGAUAAAGAAACGCAAGAGAAAUUAACACUAGGCCAUGUCAUAUUCUGUCUCGUGGCAGUCUUCCUGUUGCCGUAUGCAUUCAUGAUCUAUGCUUUUGUGGUUAUUUUCAAAUCUAUUGCCAAAAGGGGCAAAGCGAAAGAAAACACUUCCUCACGGACCUCGCAGCUCAGUCGACAAGCCGCUCUCGAAAAAAGAUGCUUGAUUUUGUUCGCUUCCAUGGCAACAGUCUUCCUUGUAUGUUGGUUGCCAUGGUUUAUUUUGAUGUUGUUGUUCAAAGUAAAAGACAAUGUUAAAGAGCUGGAAAUCCCUGCUCACGCGUUUGUCCUCGUUAGGUAUACUACCUCUAUCAUAAAUCCUGUUCUGUAUACUUUCUUUAGGCGUGAUUUUAAAACAACUCUAAAAUCCUUGUUUCAAAACAAGAGAUCACGAUACUUUUCUUCGUCAUUGUUUUUAGAGGACAGUAAAGUCAAUGAACCAAGGGUAAAACUGACUGAAAAAAUGGCUGAAGAUGUUGUCUAGGACCCAAGUUCAGUCAGUGACGAUCCUUUCAAUUUGAAUAAUGAAAUUGAGUUAAGUUUUAAUGGAAAAAUGUUUUAAUAGAAACAGUUCUUUCAAGUCUAAAGUAAAUGUAUGAUGUACCGUGUCUGUUUGUUGAUGAAUUACGUGUGUUUAUAAAAAAUUGUAAGUAACUUCAAAUCAAUGAAAAUUAAUAAACUAAAAAAAAAAUUUAAGGUCCUGCGGGGACUCCCACUAGAACUCCCACUGUAUCAAAAGGACAAGGUCGGGGGUGCUCGUCGAAAAUUUUGAAAAGAUAAUCUCUGCUAUGUUGCGCUACGUUGUGCUGUUCUCUGCUACUAGUUUUUAGGUUGGGUUAUAGAGUGCCAUUGUGUGUCAUGCUGAAAUAAUUUCUUCUAUUCUCUGCUAUGUUGCACUACGUUGGGCUGAUUCUGCUACUAGUUUUUGGGUUGGGUUAUAGAGUGCCAUUGUGUGUCAUGCUGAAAUAAUUUCUUCUAUUCUCUGCUGUGUUGCGCUACGUUGGGCUGAUUCUGCUACUGGGUUUUGGGUCGGGUUAUAGAGUGCCAUUGUCUGUCAUGCUGAAAUAAUUUCUUCUAUUCUCUGCUAUGUUGCGCUACGUUGGGCUGAUUCUGCUGCUAGUUUUUGGGUUGGGUUAUAGAGUGUUAUGGUGUUUCAUACUGAAAUAUUUUGUUCUAUUCUCUGCUAUGUUGCGCUAAGUUGUGCUGAUUUGUAUCAAUAGUUUUUAGGUUGGGUUAAAGAAUGCCAUAGUGUUUCACGGUGAAUUAUUCUGUUCUAUUCUCUGCUAUGCUGCGCUACGUAAGGCUGUUUUCUGCCACUAGCUUUUAGGUUGGGUUAUAUAGUGCCAUGGUGUGUCAUAGUAAAAUAUUUUGCCAUUUUCUCUGCUAUAUUGGGUUACGUUGUGCUGUUUUCUGCUACUAGUUUUUAGGUUGGGUUACAGAGUGCUAUGUUGUGUCAUGCUGUAAUAUUUUCUCAUUUUCUCUGCUAUGUUGCGCUGCGUUGUGCUGUUUUGUACUAACACUUUUUAGGUUGGGUUUUAGAGUGCCAUGGUGUGCCAUGCUAUUUUACGGCCAGCACGCUCGAAACCAAGCGUGCAAUUAUUUUUACCCUGUCGAUUUCACUGAAAAGCAAGGUCAUCACCAGAUAGUUUAGAGUCCUCGGAACUGGGAAAUAUCGCCCAAUUUCUUGGAAAGCAAGAUUAAGGUGGCCAAAAUCAGGCUGCGCUUAGGCCGGUCCCGGCUACUUUUUCAGUGUUUAAAUUAAGUGGGGCUAUAUAUCGGCCAGCGAGCUCGAAACCGAGCGUGCAAUUAUUUUUUCCCCAGUGGAUUUUACCAAAAACCAAGGUCAUUACAAGUUAGUGUGCUGUUUUCUAGUGAUAGUUUUAAGGCUGGGUUAUAGAGUUCCAUGGUGUGUCAUGCUGAAAUAUUUUGCCCUAUUCUCUGCUAUAUUUUACUACGUUAGGCUGUUUUCUGCCACUAGCUUUUAGGUUGGGCUUAAGAGUGUCAUGGUAAGUCGUUCUGUAAUAUUUUGCCAUAUUCUCUGCUAUAAUGCGCUAAGUAGUGUUGUUUUCUGAUUCUCAAUGUUAGCAUAGGUUAAAGUGUACCCUGGUGUCUCAUGCUGAAAUAUUUUGCCAUAUUCCCUGCUAUAUUUUACUACGUUAAGCUGUUUUCUGGCACUAGAUUUUAGGUUUGGUUUAAGAGUGUCAUGGUAAGUCGUGCUGUAAGAUUUUGCCAUAUUCUCUGCUAUAGUGCGCUACGUAGUGCUGUUUUCUGAU